AUGUCUCAACAGCAACACCACCGCGUAGAUCAAAAAAUCUGGCAGAUUUGCGCCGGAGAUUCCUUCACGGUUCCGAAACUUCAUUCCAAAGUAUACUACUUCCCUGAAGGUCAUUUACAACAUGUCUGUCCUAACACUCAAACACUGGAUGGUUGCCGUCCGAUGAUUCUCUGCACAGUUUCCGCCAUUGAUCUCCUUGCAGAUCCGGAAACUUAUCGAGUUUAUGCAAAAUUACUCCUCACUCCCGCAAUUGACGGAAGUGUUGUUCCUCUCGAGACUAGCAACGAAGAGGAUGGUGAUGAGAUUGUAUCCUUUGCUAAGACUCUAACCAACACUGAUGUUCUAAGCAGAGGUAAACUCUACGUACCUCUGGCCUGCGCCAACUCGAUCUUCCCAGCGCUACCACCACUUGAAUCUAGAAACCAAUCUCUGUUUCAAGAUCUCUUCCUUACGGACAUUUGCGGUGUAGUCUGGAAAUUUCGCCACGUCCACCGUAGAUAUCACCAACACCUGUUCACCACAGGUUGGAGUGGAUUUGUUGGUGAGAAGAAACUCCUCGGUGGCGAUACCGUUGUGUUUAUUAAAAACUCGGCUGGAAGCAUCUCCCUUGGAAUUCGGAGGAAAACAAAGUUUACUGCCGUUGCUGCUGCCAACAUAGCUGAAAAGGAAGUUAAUAUGGCAAUAAAAUUGGCAGAGAAGAACGCGGCGUUUGAGGCUGUGUACUAUCCGUCGGUUGGUGGUUGUGAUUUUGUGGUUGGAGAAAAGAUUGUGGAGGAUGCAAUGAAGGUUAAUUGGAGUCGCGGGAUGAGAGUUACACACAUGGUGAAAAAUGACGAUACUUCCAAGGGAUACUUCAUUUUUCAUGGGACAAUAUCUAAUCUGGAGAGUCCUUCUACUCGUCCAUGGCGCAUGCUUCAGAUGCAAAUUGAAUGGGAUGAAGCUUAUGUCCCUCAGAAUCUAAAGCAAUUAAGUCCUUGGCAGGUUGAACUUAAUUCUAAAACACCUACACCACGUAUACUGUCUCCCCCAAGAAAAAAGCUUAGAGGUGCUCAACGUUCUGUCUUGUCAAGUGAGAUAGAAAGAGAUUACUCAUUCAUUCCAAGGCUAGAGCUUGGCUUUCCAAAUAAUAUGCACAAUCUUGUUACCACUCAAAUUUCUUCCAACUUUUUGAAAAAUGAUAUCCUAAGGAACAGUUCAAUGGCAGGAUUGCACAAUUUGUCACGUGAGCUAGACAUUAACACUAAGAAAACUAGUCCUGGUUCAAUAAUGUUAUUUGGUCAAAUGAUACGACCUAUUGAAAGUGAUUUGAGUGACUCUGAUAUUAAAAAAGACGAUGGUUGUAAGAUUAACAAUGAAAGAUGA